AUGGCGGCCAGGCUUUCCCGAAGCCUGCCACAGGUCAACCGCCGUGUUUUCGCUGGAUUAUCUUCCUGCGCGAUACCUCGCAUUGCGACCACCAGUGCCCGUGCUGGCUUGGUGGCACAUCGCAAUCCCUGGAACCUCGCACCCUGGACCUGCCGCGUAAUACAGGCCAGUAUCGCGCGAAUAUUCCCAUACAGAUUCCGGCUCAUCGGUCAAACCAAAUGCUUCCAUUCAGGAUGUUACCGCUUACAAAGGAUCGAGCAUCACGGAGAAACAUUGGAUGAGUCAGGACGUAACAUGGACACCUUGAUUGAACUGCAAGCUAUCUUACAUUUUAUGGAGUUCAUAACGCAUGGUAUUCUACCAAACGGAAAAAAGACCGAUUUAGCUUUACUCAAUCCAGAUGAAUUCCCACUGUUCAUGGCCCCGAGUUCACAGUGGGCGCCUGCGCCGUUCAACAAGGCCGCUCUCUCAACUGUGCAGAAGGCGAUGGAGCGGAUCACUGGCCCAGAGGAUUUGAGCGGGCUGUGUCAUGUCGGGUCGAAUAUUCACUUUCUCAAAAGUCGCCUCUGGGGAGGCCUUGCCCCCGUGCCCGCAUCGCGGUGGCAUGAAAAAGAUCUCAACAACCCGGCCCAUUUCACGAUCGCCCUCGAAUACCUGACCUCCGUCAUUGCCGUCUUCGAGUACCUAAAUAUUCCUCAGAUCCGGACUAAUAUGUGCGACACCUUCAACAAAAUAUCGGGUGACUUUGGAGAAAUGCAGGAUGCCUUGAAUGCGCGGCGCAAGGCCCAAGGCGGCCUUUCUCCCGACCUCAACCUUAGUGCUCUUUGGGAACAAUUCAUUCGCGCACGGUACAAAGUCAUGACCAGCACCGCCCAUUCCUGGGUCCUGGCCCGCGUUGCCGAAUUACGUGAACGGACAUUGGACGGCUUCAGCGCGAAUUCGGCUGAAAAUGCAGAAGCCCAAUGGACAUUCUCUCGCAGCGGUGGAGCGACCUCAUUGCCGGCAGAUUUCAAUAUUUGGAUGUCCAUGGAUGGGUACAACGGCUACAAUUUGCCCUCCGAGAUCAUCGCUGGGCUACACAAUCCUGACCUAAAGAACCAAGACAAGGACUAUGAGUUUUCCAAGCUCCUGUUUCCCCGACUCGCAAAAUGCAUCGAGGCUCAGAACGAAGCUGCGAAGGUUCAAGGUCCAAGCGCGACGCAGAGUGACGCGGCCAGCCGCGAACGCCUUUCUAUUAGCACAGUAGUACAGGACGAACUGCGUGUAAAGAUACGCGGCCAGGCGCCAUCGCCGCAGCCACCCGUACAGCCCUGGGUCCAGCAACUCCUUCGGGCGCAGGAGGCGAGCUUGAGCAUGCACCCGCAGGACAGACACAAUUAUGGCUUCGGAUUAGCAAUCUACCGCGCAGCGCUUAAGUUCUCUGAUGAGCAGUGGGAACGCCUACAGCGGGACUUGGAAGCUCACUUGUCGGCAUGGGGUGAUGACGUCCAGCGCGCUGAUGAGCUCAAACCCUUGCUCAAACUGCAUUGGUUUGACUGCAAGGAACUAGGCCUCGACACAACUAAACCCGUAACAGCAGCAAAGAGACACUACCAACAAAUCCGGUCCUCGGACGAGUGGAACCAUAAAUUAGCACCAUCUGUUUUCCUUCUUAUCGAUCACAUGAGCGCAAACUCAUAUAUCGAUGAAAAGUUCCACGCCUCCUUCACAAAUGACAAAGACUUCCUCAAAGGGGACGUUCAUGGCCAUGUCCUGGCUGUCGAUGCAGACUUCGAUGAUAGUGCCAUUGCAAACGGAAGUGCAGACGGCAUGGCCACCGAAGACCCCCAGGAUGAUGACUUGAAAUACCCGGGUUUGAUGCGCAUCUUGGGUGACCUGGUCUGGAGCGAGCUCUAUCCUAUGCUAAUGCUGCAGUCUGUGGGACUUGAGAAUCUCUGGCUGCAGGCGCGAGAACAUUCAAUGAAGGUAUAUACGGGACCGACAGUGCCGGGUCAAGUUAAGCCAUGGAAGGGGCGGAAUGCCUUGAAGACCCUUAUGAUGAAUAGCUUUGUGGAGUUUCUAAAAAGAAAGAUCCCAUCUUAG